AGUGCGGGAGGCAGUGGUAGAGGGAGGUGGCGGCAGCGGCUAGCGGACUCGAGUCACAACCGGGCCUAGGCAGAUACCUCUGUGGAGCAAGGCGGUCGGGGCACCAAGCACCGGAGGCAGCACCGGGAUCCCCAGCUCGGGAGGGGAGCGCCGGACCGGGAGGAGGGGAGGGGGCGAUGCUGGAAGCCAUGGCGGAGCCCAGUCCCGAAGAUCCACCUCCGACCCUUAAGCCAGAGACUCAGCCACCAGAGAAACGUAGGAGAACAAUUGAGGAUUUCAACAAAUUUUGCAGUUUUGUUUUAGCCUAUGCUGGUUACAUUCCCCCCAGCAAAGAGGAAAGUGACUGGCCAGCCUCUGGCUCCAGCUCUCCAUUGAGAGGUGAGAGUGCAGCAGACAGUGAUGGCUGGGACUCUGCCCCCUCCGAUCUCCGAACCAUCCAGACCUUUGUUAAGAAAGCAAAGUCAUCCAAGAGAAGGGCAGCUCAAGUAGGUCCUACCCAGCCAGGACCCCCAAGGUCCACUUUCUCUCGUCUGCAAGCCCCUGACAGUGCCACCCUGCUUGAGAAGAUGAAGCUCAAGGACUCUCUCUUUGAUUUAGAUGGGCCCAAAAUGGCAUCUUCACUGUCCCCCACAUCCCUGACCCAUGCUUCCCGGCCCCCUGCUGCUCUUACCCCAGUACCCCUUUCUCAAGGGGACCUCUCCCAGCCGCCUCGAAAGAAGGACCGAAAGAACCGGAAGUUGGGGCCAGGAGGGGGUGCUGGCUUUGGUGUGCUUCGGAGAUCUCGGCCAGGCCCUGGGGAUGGGGAAAAGAGGUCUCGAAUCAAGAAAAGCAAGAAGCGGAAGUUAAAAAAGGCAGAGCGGGGGGAUAGACUCCCACCUCCUGGGCCUCCCCGGGCACCCCCCAGUGAUACAGACUCUGAAGAGGAGGAGGAGGAAGAAGAGGAGGAGGAGGAGGAAGAGAUAGCCACAAUGGUAGGGGGUGAAGCCCCAGCCCCUGUGCUACCUACACCCCUCGAGGCUCCUAGGCCCCCUGCCACAAUGCACCCUGAAGGAGCCCCUCCUACUGACAGCGAAAGCAAGGAGGUGGGCAGCACUGAAACAAGCCAAGAUGGAGACGGUAGCUCCAGUGAAGGCGAGAUGCGGGUCAUGGAUGAGGACAUCAUGGUAGAAUCAGGUGAUGACUCAUGGGAUCUGAUCACGUGUUACUGCCGAAAGCCCUUUGCCGGGCGGCCCAUGAUUGAGUGCAGCCUGUGUGGGACGUGGAUCCACCUCUCCUGUGCUAAGAUUAAGAAGACCAAUGUCCCUGACUUCUUUUACUGCCAGAAAUGCAAGGAACUGCGGCCAGAGGCCCGGAGGUUAGGGGGGCCUCCUAAAUCUGGAGAGCCGUGAUACUGCCAUCUCUAGGCUGGAACUUCCAAACGACAAUAUAUCUUGAGAACUAAGCCUCAGGGUCCUGAGCCUAAUCCCUGGAGCUUCGAUUAUUGUCCCACUUCAAGGCAGGAAUUACCAAGGGAGACUGGUUUGGAAAUGAGUGUCCCAUGUUUCUACCCCACCUACCCUUCCUUUCUACCUUGUGGACUUGAACGCGGGCCCGUUACAGUUGGGGGUUGGGGGUGGGAGGCUGUCUGGGUCCCUAGAGACUUAAUCUCUGCCCCUCAGACCUGCUGCCACUUCUCACUUCUCUGGGCCAGGGUUGAAACUGGGAUGGAAAUGGGACAGUCUAUAAAACUCUAGUGUAAAUACAGCACUCCCCUCCAUCAUCUAUUUCCCAUUUAUUCUACUCCGGUUGUGUUUUUAUUUUGGACUUCCCCUUUUGGGCAUGGCAGCUCAGAGGUGGAGUACCAACUAGAGCCUGGCCCAGGGAGGAAGGAAAACAGGUGACGAUUCUUUCACUCACCUCUUUUGUUUUUAAUAAUAUUGGCCAGCUAUUUGUACAGACAGCCUGCGUGUUGUAAAUAAAGCGGAGUGGGCUCUUUUGUGUU